AGGGCGCCUUCGAGCAGCGGCGACCGAGGCGGCAAAGGAGAGCGCCAUGGAGCAUGUGACGGAGGGCUCCUGGGAGUCUCUGCCAGUGUCACUGCACCCGCGGGUGCUGGGCGCGCUGCGGGAGCUGGGCUUCCCGUACAUGACGCCGGUGCAGUCUGCAACCAUCCCUCUGUUCAUGCGAAACAAAGAUGUCGCUGCAGAAGCGGUCACAGGUAGUGGCAAAACACUCGCUUUUGUCAUCCCCAUCCUGGAAAUUCUUCUGAGAAGAGAAGAGAAGUUAAAGAAGAGUCAGGUCGGAGCCAUAAUCAUCACCCCCACCCGAGAGCUGGCCGUUCAGAUAGACGAGGUCCUGUCGCAUUUCACGAAGCACUUCCCCCAGUUCAGCCAGAUUCUUUGGAUUGGAGGCAGGAAUCCUGGAGAAGAUGUUGAGAGGUUUAAGCAACAAGGUGGGAACAUCAUUGUGGCCACUCCAGGCCGCUUGGAGGACAUGUUCCGAAGGAAGGCGGAGGGCUUGGAUCUGGCCAGCUGUGUGCGAUCCCUGGAUGUCCUGGUGUUGGAUGAGGCAGACAGACUUCUGGACAUGGGGUUUGAGGCAAGCAUCAACACCAUCCUGGAGUUUUUGCCAAAGCAGAGGAGAACAGGCCUUUUCUCAGCCACUCAGACGCAGGAAGUGGAGAACUUGGUGAGAGCGGGCCUCCGGAACCCUGUCCGGGUCUCGGUGAAGGAGAAAGGCGUGGCAGCCAGCAGCGCCCAGAAGACCCCCUCCCGCCUGGAAAACUACUACAUGGUAUGCAAGGCAGAUGAGAAAUUUAAUCAGCUGGUCCAUUUUCUUCGCAAUCAUAAGCAGGAGAAACACCUGGUCUUCUUCAGUACCUGUGCCUGUGUGGAAUACUAUGGAAAGGCUCUGGAGGCACUGGUGAAGGGCGUGAAGAUUAUGUGCAUUCAUGGAAAGAUGAAAUAUAAACGCAAUAAGAUCUUCAUGGAGUUCCGCAAAUUGCAAAGUGGGAUUUUAGUGUGCACUGAUGUGAUGGCCCGGGGAAUUGAUAUUCCUGAAGUCAACUGGGUUUUGCAGUAUGACCCUCCCAGCAAUGCAAGUGCCUUCGUGCAUCGCUGCGGUCGCACAGCUCGCAUUGGCCACGGGGGCAGCGCUCUGGUGUUCCUCCUGCCCAUGGAAGAGUCAUACAUCAAUUUCCUUGCAAUUAACCAAAAAUGCCCCCUGCAGGAGAUGAAGCUCCAGAGAAACACAGUGGACCUUCUGCCAAAACUCAAGUCCAUGGCCCUGGCCGACAGAGCUGUGUUUGAAAAGGGCAUGAAAGCUUUUGUGUCAUAUGUCCAGGCUUAUGCAAAGCAUGAAUGCAACCUGAUUUUCAGAUUAAAGGAUCUUGAUUUUGCCAGCCUUGCUCAAGGUUUUGCCCUGCUGAGGAUGCCCAAGAUGCCAGAAUUGAGAGGAAAGCAGUUUCCAGAUUUUGUGCCUGUGGACGUUAAUACAGACACGAUUCCAUUUAAAGAUAAAAUUAGAGAAAAGCAGAGGCAGAAACUCCUGGAGCAACAAAGAAGAGAGAAAACAGAAAAUGAAGGCAGAAGAAAAUUCAUAAAAAAUAAAGCUUGGUCGAAGCAGAAGGCCAAAAAAGAAAAGAAGAAAAAAAUGAAUGAGAAAAGGAAAAGGGAAGAGGGUUCUGAUAUUGAAGAUGAGGACAUGGAAGAACUUCUCAAUGACACAAGACUCUUGAAAAAACUUAAGAAAGGCAAAAUAACUGAAGAAGAAUUUGAGAAGGGCUUGUUGACAACUGGCAAAAGAACAAUCAAGACAGUGGAUUUAGGGAUCUCAGAUUUGGAAGAUGACGGCUGAUUCCAGUGCCACAGAUGAACCCACAAGGGCAUAGCUGUUCCCUAACUUGGUGGAUGGCUCCAGUUUGCUUUUAAUGGAAAUCAAAACUUCAGGAGACAUCUGAGAAGAAUCAUGUCUCUGAAAGCUGUCCUUUCAGACGAGGGAGAAAUGCAGGAUUUCACACUUGGGAAUAUUUUACUAAAAACAUUCCAGUCUUGGCUGGGUGCAGUGGCUCCUGCCUGUAAUCCCAGCACUUUGGGAGGCUGAGGCAGGAGGAUCACUUGAGCCCAGGAGUUCAAGACCAGCCUGGGCAACACAGCCAGACCCUCUCAUUAAAAACAACAAAACAAUUCCAGUCUUGAAAUAGUCUAACAGAAGAAAAUGUACAAUUAUUUGAGUGUAAAUAAUAGAUGUAUUUAUUUGUCAUGAUGGGUCCCAUAUAUAGACCUAUGUACAUAUUAUAUAUAUAUGAGCUCUUUUUUCUGAGGCUAUUUUAGUUAUUUUUAAUCAUAAAGGUACUGAAGUAUUCUUGACUUCUGAUUUUCAAAACCAUUCCUUAGUAUCUUUAGGCAUCUGACCCCCUGAAUGUCCCUGGCCCUGGGCUUCAGUUAUCCUUUGAUGCCCUGCAGAGGUGGCUAAUGUGCUGGGGGUUUUUCUGUGUUAAGAAUAGUCCCAGUAUUUUUUUUUUUUUGGUGAACAGCUGAAAAACACAGGCAUUAAGUCAUAUUCCGGGAAAGAGAAUUACAGUUUUUAUGCCUUCUGUUGAAUAAAUGGUGUCCUGAUUGCCUG